AUGGUGCUUACAGGAGCACCGUCCUGCGUGGCACGGGUCAACAGCCGCCUCCUCCAGAUCAAGCCACCACACUGUGUGACAAGGCUGCCUCGGUCACUCAACGAGCGCAGUUUCUGGAAAGCGUCAGAAUGGAGACUCUGGCUUCUGUUCUACGCUCUUCCUCUCCUCGUGGACAUUCUGCCUCUGGAGUAUUGGAAACAUCUCUCCAAGCUCUCGCAAGCAAUACACAUCUUGCAACGUGAGACCAUCACAGCCGAGGAGAUCAAGCGUGCAGAAAAUCUGCUGAUCGACUUUGUUGGUCGCUGUGAGGCCUUGUGUGGAGUGGCUUCGCUUACGUUCAACGUGCACCAGCUCCUCCACCUGCCCAACUCCGUGCGCCAGUUGGGACCACUUUGGGCGCAAUCCGCAUUUGUUUUUGAGGGAGGAAACGGAAAGUUGGUGAAGCUGGUCUCUGCAGCUAGAGGACUUCCCGAUCAAAUCGUAGAGCGAGUCGUAAUGAUGCAGCAGCUUGAAUGCCUUCUGGCAGAUAGCAACGUGGCAAUCACUGCCAAUGAGCGGAGUGUGUGUGAAAGAUUUCUUGAUUAUUCACACAUCCAGAAUGCCUGCUAUGUUGAUGAAGCAUGCUUGCUAGGACGUGAAAAAGCUGCCGUUCUAACAUCUAUCGAGGAACGUGCGCUAGAGGACUACGGUGGGACAGGCACAGUUGGCAGCGCUUUGGAAUACUAGCGUUUUGUGUACAAGGGGCAGGUGUUCCAUAGCACCGCAUACACAAGAGCUUCAAAGAGUGACACCACUGUAGUGUAAACUGCUGAUGGAGAGUAUUUCAGAAUUAAGAGAAUUCUCCAUGUUGCUGGUCUCGGGUGCACGCUCCUUAGCAGACGGCUGGUGUUACGGGAGACACCACUCUCUCCUGAGCAUAUAAAGGAAUGUUUUCCUUCGUAGGUAGACAUCUGUAAGGUGCUGAAACCCGAGGACAUUAAGGCCAACUGCCUUUUCAUGGUGUUUCCGGCUGACAGCAAGUGCUUUGUGUGCGACAUGCCAAACAAAAUUGAGAGGGACUAAAGUUCUUUAACAUGUAUACAGGGCUUUUUUUCCUCAUUCUUUACAGAAUUUUAAAAAAAGCUUGUGUUGGGUACAUAGAUUCCGUCUUCUCUGUGUGCUUCUGGGGCUCGGCAGACAUUAGAUGAGGGGGUAAAUGUCACAAUAUUUUGACUAAUUAAUCAAAAUGUGUAGAUUGAUGUUUUAAUUAACAGUUUAAUGGGCCACAUACACUAUCAGUUUUAAAGAGCGCAAUGUCUAUCUGCCAUUUAAGUGAUGCGACAGGUCUCUACGCUGUAGAUGAGCAAUUUAGCCAGUGCAGUGCAACCUCUAGACUCGGGUCUUUAAUGUGCAUCAUGCAAUAGUAAUACACGGACAUGUGCCAGCUCGAUGCUCAUCCAGAUCGAAAUGGGUAGGGGUUGUGGAUAAAACCGAAGAAUAUUACCGCUUGCAUGUGAUCGCACAUACUUCAUUACUUUUCUCUUUCAAACUUAAAAUGCUUUUGGUGGUGCAUGUUUGUGCACUUUUUGGCUUGAGUUUGCUGUGUUGUGCUUGAGCAGACCUCUAAAGAGGGUACUACCUUCUUUUGGGUAAUAAUACAGAGUCGUUGCAUUUCAUGCUUUGUCAUUGUUGAACUUCACUGUCAUCAACCAUGUUCUAUUUAUGUCCUUUGCUGCUUGUUUUAGAUGCUAUAUUUUGUCAAAAUGGUUCUAUUGUGUAAAGCAUUGCAUAUUAUAACAUGAACUAAAGUGGAAAGAAAAAUAAAGCACUGCUGCCUGAUUGCACUAAGGGAUAAAGACCAUUACCGGGUGGUCUGUGUGUAGAGCCCAGACUUAAAUAGACCUAAAAUUCGGAUUGCUGAGGUACAACACUGUAAUUUACCAUACAAGUUCAGCUAGGUGGUGGAAAUUUUAUAUGUGAUAAUAUUGAUGAAACUUGCUCGAGUCAAAAGUUACAAAUAAAAACAUAACAAGUUGCAUGGGC